UAGAAAUUCUCUGCUUCUCUGUAGUGAUAUUGGCCGUAGUGCUCGCAUACUAGGCUACGCUGUACCACUCCAUACCAGUAAGUGGCGGCAGAGCACCACCUCGUUGUUUGUCAGCCACCGAAAACAUCACAAGAAAACAGUGUUCAACCGUUCAACAUGGCGCGGGAAACCCGGGAAGAGAUGGAGGUGGAUACCCGCGGAGAAGUCGAUGAAGAGGCGGACAGCAUCCCUCCGUCGACUUUAAAACUGUACGAGACACAGUUUUUUGGUUUCACUCCGCAGACAUGUAUGUUGCGGGUCUACAGCGCCUUUCAGGACUGCCUGUGCGACAUUUUAGCCGUCGUGGAGAAGGUGUGUGUGAGGCAGCUAAGCAAAGGCGAGGCAGACGAGGAGGUGCUCCGGUCCCGGGCCAGGGAGUGUAGCCGUAAGCUGCAGCAGUUCCUCGAGGAGCGGUUCAAGCAGCAGUCGGAGCGGAUGGAGGCGCUGCUGGUCAACCGCUGCUUCUCCGUGCCGCCUAAUGUCCUCCUCCCCGAGGACCAGUCACACAAGAAGUACCCCCAAGACAUACAGGAGGUUCUGAGGCUGGAGACGUCCAUUGUUGACCUCCAGAGAGCCUACGAAGCAGAAGUCUGUGCCAGACAGGCCCUGCUAGCUGAGCUGGAGGAGCAGAGGGAGGUGCAGAAGCACCUGGAUGAGAUCCUUGAGUGGGUACGAGAGCUCCAGGCGGCCUGGGUAAAGGAAGGUAACGGCAGCUUUCAUGAAAGUUUCCGGCUGGCGAUGGAGUCCAUAAAAAAGCUGCAGGAGGCCGUCGGCGAGGUCUGCAACAAGGCGCCUAAUUGAACUGAACUCAAAUUUGUAAAAUUAUAUCCGAUGGAGAUCAUUUAGAAGAAAUUAAACAAUUUCACCCACUA